CCAUAGUAUAUUUUUCCAUACUAAGGAAGUCAAUGUGGACCAGCAACUGUUUGGUCACAUGCAUUCUUCCAAACAUCGUCUUUUAUGUUAAGCAGAAGAAAGAAACUCAUAUGGAAAACUUGGGUGAAUUAAAAAUAUCAAAAAACAACAAAAAGCUUGACAACUAUUGCAGCUCUUCUACAGUAACUUGUUAGCAACUUAUGUUUAUAAAAACUUCAAAAUUCACAUUUGAGGUAUGAUUUUGUGUAAUUUAUGUAGUAAAACAAAGCAUCCAAAUAUCAAAAAAAAAAAGAAUUAUGGCACAAAUUUAUAGUACAUCAUGGCUUAACAGCUCUAUAGGUACAUCAUGGAAGAAAUAAUUCAUAAAAAUAAAUGUUCUGAGUAACCUCUUGACUGGGAAAAGUCUGAAAUCUCCAAAACUGUCAAGAUUUCAUGUCACUUACAUAUUUCAAAUAUAUGAUUUGCUCCUAAGACUAAGAACAACUUGUAUUUUUCAGGCUGGUCCAGUUUAUGUGCUUCCUAAAACAAACAAAGUUUUUUUUUACUGAAAGGCGGGAAGUACUACAGCCGCCAUAUUGAGCAUUACGAUUUCUCACAUUUAUAUUUCAACACUUAGUCUGUCUCCUUGCCUUAUAGUGUCUCUUUCUCUCUGUCUGUUUCACUGCAGUUCAAAGGCUAAACCCAGUGCUGUGGAUCUCCAUGAGUAACCAGACAGAGCUCCCUGCUUCCCCUUCAUGCCUCUGUCAGUUCCUUGACGCGCACCUUUCACCCUCUCUCUCCCCACCUGACCGUAACACCUCCUCAAUCUUCUUCCCUUAAAUGAUGUGGUCCGUGGUCCGUGCUCUGCUCCUGGUGCUGCUGGGUACUAGGGUCCUACUCUCCAGCGGCGACUCUCCCCGCAAAGAAAUUAAGAUCGAUGGGGACCUGGUUCUGGGAGGCCUCUUCCCCAUCCAUGAGAAGGGUAUGGGCAUGGACGAAUGUGGCCGGAUCAAUGAAGACCGUGGCAUCCAGCGGCUUGAGGCAAUGCUCUUCGCCAUAGAUCAGAUCAACCAGGACGUAGGUCUGCUACCGGGUGUGGCUUUGGGCGUCCAUAUCCUGGACACCUGCUCGAGGGACACCUACGCUCUGGAACAGGCACUGGAGUUUGUUAGGGCAUCGCUUACAAAAGUGGAUGAUACAGAGUUCAUCUGUCCUGAUGGAUCCUACGCUCUUCAGGAAGACAGCCCGCUGGCCAUAGCCGGGGUCAUUGGGGGAUCUUUUAGCAGUGUCUCCAUACAGGUUGCCAACCUGCUGCGACUAUUUCAGAUCCCUCAGAUCAGCUACGCCAGUACCAGUGCCAAACUCAGCGACAAAUCCCGCUACGAUUACUUCGCACGCACCGUCCCGCCAGAUUUCUACCAGGCCAAGGCCAUGGCGGAGAUCCUGCGCGCUUUCAACUGGACCUACGUUUCCACCGUCGCCUCAGAGGGCGACUACGGAGAAACGGGAAUCGAAGCCUUCGAGCAACAAGCCCGUUUGAGAAACAUCUGCAUCGCUACUUCAGAAAAAGUAGGACGGUCGAGCGCGAAACGCUCUUCGUACGAGGCGGUGGUUCGUCAGCUUCUACAAAAGCCCACGGCCCGCGUGGCAGUACUGUUUUUGCGUAGCGACGACGCACGAGAACUCAUCGCGGCCGCCACCCGCCUCAACGCAUCUUUCCUCUGGGUGGCGAGCGAUGGAUGGGGGUCGCAAGAGAGCAUCGUCAAAGGGAACGAAUUCACGGCGGAUGGUGCGAUCACGUUGGAGCUCGCAGCUCAUCCUAUACCAGAGUUCAACCGCUACUUCCAGACCCUCACGCCUCUUAAUAAUCACCGCAACCCUUGGUUCAAAGACUUCUGGGAACAAAAGUUUCAGUGUUCGUUGGGCGGCGCUUCGGCAGCAGGGGCGGGAACCCCAAAGCCACCUUGUGACCCAGAACUGGCUGUUGACAAGUCAAAUUUUGAACCCGAAUCAAAGAUCAUGUUUGUCGUAAAUGCUGUAUACGCCAUGGCGCACGCCUUGCAUCGGAUGCAACGGACUCUUUGCGCAAACACCACACGCUUGUGCGACGCCAUGAAGAGUCUCGACGGCAGGAAACUCUACCGGGACUUUCUACUUCACGUCAACUUUAGAGCUCCGUUCUCCCCUGCUGGCUUGGAGAGUCAAGUAAAGUUUGACGCAUAUGGCGACGGAAUUGGCCGAUACAACAUCUUCAACUACCAGCGUGUGCCAGGCAGCGACAAGUUCACUUAUAUCCAGGUUGGAGAGUGGGCAGAAAGUCUUUCCCUAAACGAGGGCUUGAUCGGCUGGCCGAGGGGAGCGGAUGUACCCACGUCUCAAUGCAGCGACCCUUGCGCUCCCAACGAGAUGAAGAAGAUGCAAGCAGGCGAAUACUGUUGCUGGAUUUGUACUCCCUGUGAGCCCUACGAAUACCUGCCGGAUGAGUUCACAUGCAUGCCCUGUGCACCCGGCCAAUGGCCCCGUCCCGACCUGACUGGAUGCUACGACCUUCCUGAGGACUACAUCAUGUGGGAGGAUGCUUGGGCCAUUGGACCCAUCUCGAUUGCAUGCGUUGGCUUCAUAUGUACCUUAAUGGUCUUCGUCGUUUUCAUUCGGCACAACGACACGCCGCUGGUCAAAGCAUCCGGUCGUGAGCUGUGCUACAUCCUGCUGCUGGGCGUCUUCAUGUCCUACGUCAUGACUUUCAUAUACAUCGCAAAACCUUCGCCUAUCGUGUGUACACUGCGGCGGUUAGGCCUCGGUACCUCGUUUGCGGUAUGCUACUCCGCCUUGCUCACGAAGACCAAUCGCAUUGCUCGUAUCUUCAGUGGUGUAAAAGAGGGCGGGGCUCAACGGCCGCGCUUCAUCAGUCCCAGCUCACAGGUGUUCAUCUGUCUGUCGUUGAUCUCCGUGCAGCUCUUGUUGGUGUCCAUCUGGCUACUCGUGGAAGUGCCCGGCACACGGCGGUUCACAACACCGGAGAAACGUCAGACUGUCAUUUUGAAGUGUAACGUACGGGACUCUAGCAUGCUGCUGUCGCUGAGCUAUGAUGUGGUUCUGGUGGUCCUCUGCACGGUCUACGCUUUCAAGACCCGCAAGUGUCCGGAGAACUUCAAUGAGGCCAAGUUCAUCGGCUUCACCAUGUACACCACCUGUAUCAUCUGGCUGGCCUUCCUGCCCAUCUUCUACGUCACCUCCAGUGACUACAGGGUCCAAACCACAACCAUGUGUAUAUCUGUCAGUCUGAGUGGAUUUGUGGUCCUGGGCUGCAUGUUUGCCCCUAAAGUCCACAUCAUCAUGUUCCAGCCUCAGAAGAACGUCACCAGUCACCGGUUAAACAUGAACCGGUUCAGUCAUCUGUUAGUGCCCACUACGUUCCAACGGUGUGCAACGGCAGAGAGAUCGUCGACUCCACCACUUCCUCUCUGUGACCUCGCCUCUUCCUCCAGACUCCUGCUCCUUAGCGACUGUUAG